AUGUCGUUCUCAUUGGAACCGCACUCGAUUGGCGUGAAAUACUGGACCAACAUCGGGAAGGAGUCGAAAGAUGUUCCUUUCGCAGAAGCCCAUGCAAAAUUCCAGAGCUGACACCAGAACACUAUGAAAGGGAAGGUAGUUGCAAGAUAUAGGCACUACUUACUGUUUAUCGCCUAGAUCUUCUACAUCUUUCUACUAAGUUUGGUAAUCAGCUCGAAUAUCAUCACCAGAACCCGUGGUCUGCUUCUUUGCUAGUCGUAUCCUAAUCCUUGUAGAAGUCCUCUCUCCUCGACGACCUCGUCGUUCACAUCGGAGUUCUACAAAUCGUUUGGUCGAUUUUACUACCGACACCGUGCCGGCAGCCUCGGAGCAUUAGCUCCCCUUGUAGUCGGGGGCUUGGCGUUCAAAUUCGUCUCGAGCUACUAUGGGAUCCUACGAGAUAAUGCGGCAGCGAUCGAAGCAGGUAAAGCGUACGGCCAGGGAGGCUACAAGAGCAAUCCAGUUCCGAAAUAGAUGAAGGUCUUUGUUCAGGUGUCGUGACGUGGACGUUCACGUGAAAGGGGGGGUUGGUUCAUUCUUACAACUAUAAUCAUCUUCUUGGGGCGGUGGUUUGUUGUCGCCAGGAGGAGGCCGAGGAGGUUGAAUGAUCCAACAAUUGUUGUUCGUUCUUCUCGGGAUGAUUGGUGGUAGUUGAGAAUGAAUAACCUUGUUGAAAACUGCUGACGGGGACUAGUCUUCAAGCGUGCUGGACGAAAACACUGUCUUCAAAAUGACUCUUUUUCCUAUCAUCAACAAGCUCAAGCUGCGUACCUUUUCUUGAAAGAAUGGCCGUCAACUUGAUGUAAGUGGAACAGACACAGACCGCAACUACAGGCACAAGAGG